GAAAGAAGGGCAAGUCCUCGUAUUUCUGAGGUUUUUUCACAAACUGUUCGUGUUGUAUUUGGAAUUUGAGUGUAGAUUCAUACCUAGCUGCAUUUUUAUAUCACAAACUGGAAAAUGGAUACGCUGAUGGAACCAACGCUGUACACCAUCAAGGGAAUGUGCAUAUUGGACAAUGAUGGCAAUCGGAUAUUGGCCAAGUAUUACGACAAAAACGUGUUCCCCACCGUGAAAGAGCAACGAGCGUACGAGAAGAACCUGUUUAACAAAACGCACCGCGCGGACGCAGAGAUCAUUAUGCUGGAUGGAUUGACCUGCGUGUACAAGAGCAACGUAGAUUUGUUCUUCUACGUGAUGGGCAGCACACAGGAAAAUGAGUUGAUAUUACUGUCGGUACUGAACUGUCUGUAUGACACCAUCACAAUGAUCCUGAAGAAAAACGUCGAGAAGCGAGCUGUGCUAGAAAAUCUCGAUAUAGUGAUGUUGGCAUUCGAUGAAAUUUGUGACGGAGGUAUUAUACUGGAUGCCGAUCCGUCGUCCGUCAUGAAACGAGUAGAUCUUCGUAACGACGACAUUCCUAUCGGAGAACAAACCGUUGCUCAGGUGCUUCAAUCGGCAAAAGAACAACUGAAGUGGUCAUUGCUAAAGUGAGCGGAACAUCCGAAGUGGGUAGAAUAAGAGAGCAAAAGAGAGGGUUGAAUUUGUAUCUGCCUAUAAAUAUGCAACCAAACUGAUCCAAUACCACCACGAUGCACUGUGCGACGCACGUAUUUUGUUAACAGUUAUGAUCGAAUCGAAUCUUAUUCCAGCGUGAACUGCACUGUGCCUUGUGAGUGGUAACAGGAUUAGAAGGAAACAAGACGUAUUUAGUCUCAUUUUGCCGCACUAGCUUAAGCUCCCAAG